ACUGCGUUUUACAUUUGCCUCACCCAGUAUUUUAACCCUUAGGUUCAUUGUACUAAUAAGAACAAGCUGCAAUGCUGUUCUGGCACAGUCAACCUGAGCAUUACUGGCCCACUCCUGCUGAUCAUUACCAAAGCUCACCUAAUGCUAUCUACAGGGAGUCGAUACCACUGCCUUUCCUGAAACAGGAGGACCAGCCAAUACUCACCCCUUUGUGCCCAGCCUUCCAGUGUGUUCUAUGUGUACCCAGCUCCCCUGCUGUGAAACUGCAUGAGGAGACCCUCACUUACCUCAACCAGGGUCAGUCCUAUGAGAUUCGCAUGUUAAGUAACUGGAAAGGGACCUGUGAAAUACCUGAAGGUCGUCGGUUGCUAAAGAGUGUGGUACGAGUGGUUUUUCAUGACCGACGUCUGCAGUAUAGUGAGAGACAGCAGCUGGGGAGCUGGCAGCUGAGCCACCCGGGAGACAGAAUUCUGGAUAUAGAUGUACCAUUGUCUGUGGGGGUGAUGGAGCCUCUGGUGAAUCCAAGUGCCUUGAACAUCAUUGAAUUCCUGUGGGAUUCCAGUAAGAGGACAUCAGUUUUUAUACAGGUUCAUUGCAUUAGUACAGAGUUCACACAAAGAAAGAAUGGGGGAGAGAAGGGAGCCCCCUUCCGGAUUCAGGUGGACACAUAUAAGUCAGAUUCCCAGGGAAACUUUACAGAUCAUCUUUAUUCAUGUAGCUGUCAGAUUAAGGUGUUCAAGCCUAAAGGAGCAGAUCGCAAGCAGAAAACAGAUCGUGAAAAGGUGGAGAAGCGCUCGACCCUAGAACGUGAGAAGUACCAGCCACCUUGUGAGAGCACUGUCCUUACAGAGUGCACCCCUUGGCCAGACAUUGAGGUCUCACAGAGCCCCACCAGCACUCCCAGCCUGUGCUCUCCACGUACCUUCAAGGUGCCCACUCCAGAGCGGAUCUGUACAUCUCCAGUAUGUGCUUCAGACAGCUCUACAGAAUGUGCAGGAGAGAGUCUCAGUCCUACUGCCUCCAUCAGUGAUACCCAGCAAUGGCUGCUCAGAAACCGCUUCUCCAAUUACUGCCGGACAUUUUACAAUUUCACAGGGGCGGAUCUCUUGAAGCUGUCUCGCAGGGACGUUACUCAGAUCUGUGGUGUAGCGGAUGGCAUCCGACUGUCUCAUGCACUGGCAGCAAGGUCUGUGCGUCCUCGUCUAACAUUAUAUAUCUGCACAGAGUCUCUGGUGAAGAACCAAAAUACUUCAGAGGGAAAUGAGAAUGCACUGUAUCAGGAGAUAUACCUGGAGGAUGUGACUGCAGGUGAGCUGACCAGUAAGCUGGCGGACCUGUUCACUGUCCCAGCAAACCACAUCUUACGGAUCUCCAGGACUGGCCCUCAUGGGAUCCAUAUAUUGCUGAGUGACAUGAUGGUGAGGAAUAUGCCUGAUGAAUCUUGCUUUACUGCUACACUUCAAAAAUUGCAAAAUCCUGAUGGGUAUCACUGUAUCCUUCGAUAGUCUUGGUGUGCAGCAACACUGUAUCUACAAUAUAAACAUCAGUACCAAUCCCAGGCGGGAGGCACGCUACAACUUCAGACAAUGAUGUCUCAAGUGCAUGGAGAUAGUCAAGGAUCAGCAUCAGAGCAAUGCAAUAAACAGUGGAAACUUCUGCUGGAUUGUAAAAUAAGUCUUUCUAAAUAGUAUUCUCCUAAGUGUUUUAGCCUGACUGCCAUAGACUGUAAGUCAUUCCCUGUUCUGGUGUAAUAAAUAGCACUGGUUCCGAAUGAAGGCACUGCCAAACCAAAGACAGAGUGAGGGGAAAAAACUGCAUUGUC